UCCAAACUCCACCGCCUACGGCCACGGUACACACUGACACUAUUGCUUUUGCUUGUGCGGCGUCGCGCCGCGCUGGCCAGAAAUACCACGCGAGAGACUAGAAGGCGGAGGCUCAAGAGAUCAAGAAGCUGGCGGCGAGCAACGGGUGGGAGCGCGCCGAUGGGAGCGCCAUGGCCGGGAUGGACCCUGGCGCCGGCGAGCCUCGGGGCGCGUCGCACUACCUCGACCUCCUCCUCGCGCAGCAGCAGCAGUCGACGCCGUUCUCCCCCAUCGCGCAUGUCAAGGCGGAGCACCACUCCAUGGCGUCGCCGGUCAGGAGCCCCGCCUCCGGCGCCGGUGCCGAGCAACACGGGGGCGGCGGCGACCAGCAGCAGCCCUCCUCAUCGGCCAUGGUGCUGGCGGAUGGCGGCGGGGGGUCCGCGCGGCCGAUGCGGCGCCCGCGAGGGAGGCCGCCGGGGUCCAAGAACAAGCCCAAGCCGCCCAUCAUCGUGAUCCGGGACAGCCCCAACGCGUUCCACUCCCACAUCCUCGAGGUCGCCGACGGCGCCGACGUCGUCGAGUGCCUCGCCGAGUACGCGCGCCGCCGCAGGCGCGGCGUCUGCGUGCUCAGCGGCGCCGGGGUCGUCACCAACGUCUCGCUUCGUCAGCCCGGCGCGUCGUCGUCGUCGUCGCCUGGCGGCCUCGUUGCCACCCUGCAUGGGCAGUUCGAGAUCCUGUCGCUUACGGGCACGGUGCUGCCGCCGCCGGCACCCCCGGCUGCCAGCAGCCUCGCCGUGUACCUCGCCGGCUGGCAGGGGCAGGUCGUCGGCGGCAGCGUGGUCGGCCAGCUCGUCGCCGCGGGGCCCGUGUUCCUCAUGGCCGCGUCGUUUGCCAAUGCCGUCUACGAGCGUCUGCCGCUGGAGGUGGAGGCAGAGGAGGCCGGCACGGCCACCGCAGCCAGAGAGGCGCAGGGAGAAGGCGCAGCAGGGCAGCCCCCCGGCGCUGUACCGCAGCAGCCUGCGGCGUCGCAGUCGUCGGAGGUGACCGGAGGCGAGGCCGGCGGGCAUGGCAUGCCGUUGUGCAAUCUUGAAGGGAAUGUUGGGAGCUACCAGUUGCCCGGACCCGGAGACAACUUGGGGACCUGGAGCGGCGUCAGGCCAUGAUUGCUUGGACUGUUUUCCAGCAAGGUCGCAUCAGAAUUACUAGGAGAUUUGAAGGAACUGCGGUCGAUCACUGUGGGAAAGCAUUUUGUCUACGGUACGUGUUGCAAGCUUUGCACUUGAGACGAUUUGUGGAGUAUGCAAUGCAUGUAAAAUUAUGGGUCAACGCAUUUUGUGGACUAAGUUUUAGACUUUUUAGUACUCAUGUCGGAAAAAUCUCAUACUAGAUCGCCUAGUGUAUCAGUGUCGCAAGAAUUUUUUUGGAACAAGAACCCGGAAGAAUGAAAGGUUAAGUUGAUGUCCCGGGUUCAUCCUGUAAUAUUUUUUAUCUCGAAUCCGUGGC